GGUUCUUCCUGCCAACCAAUGGCAGGCGUGGACCCCCUCACGUGGUAGUUGUGCCCCGCCCCUCGCCUGAGGCCUGCCGACGACGCUCCAUGGAGCCCGCUGAGGUCGAGUUUUUGGCCGAGCAGGAGCCGGUGACCAUCAUCCCCAACUUCAGCCUGGACCGGAUUUACCUCAUAGGGGGAGACUUGGGCCCCUUUAAUCCUGGGCUGCCUGUGGAAGUACCUCUUUGGCUGGCUAUCAACCUAAAGCAGAGACAGAAGUGUCGACUGAUACCCCCAGAAUGGAUGGAUGUGGAAAAACUGGAGCAAAUCCGGGAUCAGGAGCGCAAAGAAGACACUUUCACCCCAAUGCCUAGCCCUUACUAUAUGGAAUUAACCAAGCUGCUGCUGAACUAUGCUGCAGAUAAUAUUCCAAAGGCAGAUGAGAUACGGACGUUGGUUAAGGAUACCUGGGACACUCGAAUAGCUAAACUUCGGUUGUCUGCAGAUAGUUUUGUUAGACAACAGGAAGCUCAUGCCAAGCUGGAUAACCUGACUCUGAUGGAGAUCAACACCACUGGGGCGUUCCUUACCCAAGCCUUAGAUCACAUGCACAAGCUACGUACAAAUCUCCAGCCUGGGGAGAGUGCCCAGUCCCAGGACUUCUGACACCCUCCCUGGAGUGAGACCUGGUGCUUCGCUGCUCAGCUGUUUCCCCCCCUGAGUCUGAAGCAAUCGUGUCAUGAUAUUGUCCUUCAGUACUCCCACGAGGGUAUAUCAAAACCAAAGACUGUCGUGGUAGAUUUCAGUGGAACGUCAUUCUUGAUGGCGUCUGCUUGUGUAUAACUGAUGUGUGCAUUUCCGGGAAAAUAAUGGAGUGCCCAGGCUGCAGUCCCAUGGCUGAUGCAGUCUGCCAGUGAUCUAGAGGCAGUGUCUCCUCGGCAGUAGUGGUGCGUAUGGCCUCUUGCUGUAGCAGACAUCCUCAGCAAAUUGGAUGCUCUCGCCCAGCAGUGCUCCCAGCCCCUGUGUAUCUGUCAUUCCAAGAUGAAGUGUCUGCAGCUCUCUGCUGCUGCUGCUGUCUUGCUUCAUUGCUGGAUUGUUUUACUACCGGUCUAAAACUAGAUGAAGAAAACAAAUCAGUCCCUUCUUCUAAGGAUCCAAUUCCUCAGUGGGCCCUUAUCUUCUGAUGCUUCUGGGAGAGAUGACAGAGUGAGGCUAUUUUAAACACCUGGCUGCACAGCUCCCCUGUGGGCCUGUCUGGGGAGUGAUAUGCAACUGCUAACCCAUCUCUCCAGCAGGGCACCGUGCUUCUACUGUGAUAUCACUUACUGCAGUCUAUUUGUCAACUGUCCUCGGAGAUAAAGGACUGUCUGUGGUUGCCUUGACAGCGGCCAUUGAGGUGCACUCUCUGUGUGCGUGUCUGUCUGUCUGCUGAGAGGAAGAACAUGCACUCUGGGAGAAAAUUGAGCCACAAAAACAAGGUACCUCCCUUGGUCUGCUCUUGACUUCUUCCCAAAGCCAGCUUCUUACUACAGCUAGAAUUUGUCUCCGUUUUAAUCACACGGGGAGCAUUGGUGGCUGACUCUCCUGCCAUCAAUGCUGCUAGUUGUGUGGUUUGUUGCAUUCUGUAGAAGACAUUUCUGAGCAGUUGGGGAGGAAUAAGAAAGAGGCACUUCUGGGGUGCACUGACAUUGAGACAGACCCCUAACUAGACGGCAGUAUGAAAGGCCCCUUGCUUGAUCUGGAACACCCUGACCUCUGCUGGCUGCUAGGGGAUUUUUCUGCUGAUCAGGGAAGAAGCCCCAAACAGAGUUUAGUAGUUCGUGAUUGUGCUCUUGUAUAUUUAACUGAAAUGUGUUGCUCGGGGUUGGUAUAUAAAGCCCCAAUGCAAGUUCAACCUGUUGCCUCGUUUAUUGACCCUCAUGGCUUUUUCUGUCAGCUCAGCCUGCCCCCCGCCCCAGGAAUUGCAUUCUCUGUUAAAAGUAGAUUUUCUGUCUUGUAUUGUGACAUUAUUCAGAAUGCAGCUAGAUAUUGCUUAUACUUCUUCUGCCAAGAGCAUGCUUGAGCCUGUUUUUAUUGUUCUAAAAAAUGGUUCAUAGUAAUCUUACGUUGUUUGAGGAAUCAAAACCUUGCCUAUAAACUCGAGGUAAUCAUUAUGCUUGUUCCCACAUGCACAUGCUUUCUGACAGUUUGUCCCUCUAAAUCUCUACCACUUUCAUGUGUUUGUAUUGCCUAAAACUGACUUGUGAGCCCCAUGUGACUCUGCUAGUUUUUUUGGAAUUCAUAUCAUGUUUUAGUGUGGCCUAAGCUUGUCUUGGUGCAGUGGUAGUAAAUAGUGACCUAUCUUAAUGGUGUAGUUAUGAGGAUGGCUGUAAAGUAUUUUCAUAUUGAAUGCUACGUAGAUUCCUCAUUAGGUUGAUUGAGCUGCGGGUUUGAUCUGUGCCUUACAACGAACCUUGAAAAGCAGGGUUAGUGUUUCAGUUUUGAAUUUAUACCAGGUCAGUGUAGCUUUUCCCCCACCACUGGGGUUGGGAAAAUAAUCCUUUGUCAUGAUUUAGGAACAUUUUAUUUUUUUGGAUGUUUGUCAGAAAUUACAGCAAUAUAUUCAUAAAUACCUAAUUACUACAUUCAACAAAUAUAUUACAUUACAUUUAAUUCAAACAAGUACACUUAGAACAGGUUUAAUUUGUCUCACAGCAUCUAAACUGCCCCAGCAGGCCUGGGCUUUGUCCUCUGGCUCUCCCCCGCCCCCUGCUCUUUGCUUAGUUCCUGGAGAGAUUCUGCACACCUUACAACAGUCAGUCAGCAGGGCCCUGGGGGCAGUGGGCAGCAAAUAGGGGAGUUGAAGCCGGGGAGGAGGGAGGAGCGGACUCCUGCCACUAUGGGCAGAAGAAAAAGGGAAGAGGGCAUUUCAAAAGAGGAGUUGGUCCAAGGGAGGCGGAUGUGGUUUCAUACCAGCAGCCCCUCCUUGUAUCCUAGGACAGAAAGGAGUAUUGCAAACAGCUUGGACUUGCUUGGAAUGGGGAACUACGCCUGAUGUGACAGCGGGACUUGAAUCCAAAGAAGUUGGACUAAGUGCACAUUCAUUCUUCACAUACAUAAAGAAAUCGACCCAAUUGGCUCGCGUGUGUCCUUAAACAGCACAGUGCUGGGCUUUCAAAAGCUGAACCAAUGUAGUGCUAAUGCCAGAGUCUAGCCCACAUUUUGCUCAAUUAAAAAUAAUUAUAUAUAGUGCAAUUCUGUGUUAGAAGAAUGAGCGUGAUGACCUCUCUCUUCUGAGGCCUGCCCACCCCACCAUUGGCAAUACUAGGAAACAAAAGCUGUGAUCUAUGCAGACCUGAAAGAAACACUGCUACUGUAAUGGACUGAUAAUCAACAUUUUGAAAAUAUUGGCCAGAUUUGGUGGUUACGGAGGGCAAUCUCAAUCGCUACUUGACUACUUUUAAACUAUUUUGUCAGGAGUAAUUUAGAGCCGUUGAUGUUCAUCCCGUCUUUGUCUUCCUAACACCACUUUAAGAUGUUUACAUUGCUUUUAUUUGAUAUGCUAGUUUGUUGCCUGUCAAAUAACUGAAAUCAGAAUAGCCAGAAUCAGCAAACUCCAUCCUGACUCUUGCUGUGGUCCUUCUCGGAUGCUUUUCAGCUAAGCCGAGGGAAGAAAGGGGUAAACAAGUUGUUAAGGGUUUUUCUCCCUUUUUGGUAAAGCCCAUUUGUGGAAUGGUAUCUGUGAUAAGCAGGCAGAAUUGUUUCUCAGGGAGGGCUAGCGUGUGGUAGUGCCCUAAAUAUUCAGAAUUUGGGUGGUGAGGUGGGGAGAAGCAGGAAAGAGAUUCCUACUCUUUUCUCUCACGCUCCAUUAGAGCCGAUUGUCUCAGUACAUCAGGGAAGGGUGUUCAGAAUACCACUGUAGAAGCUGACAGAAUUCUAUAUUUAAAGGAUUGCUUGCUCAAGGGGGCAGGGAGAGAGACCCUAAAAUCUCUACUUGCUGUCUCUGUGAACAAAACCUUUUCUAACAGACCCAUGAAUCUGCUCUUCCAUCUUCCUUCCUUGUAAGAUAAACUCUUUGGGGAGGGUGGUCAGGGCUUUGGUAUUAAGAGUUACAUGGAGAAGAGAAUUAUGGCAGGGGCAGGUUUGUCAUACAGGAUGAGAAAGCUGCACAGUCUGCAAUUACUUCUAAGCAAUUAAAAAAAAAAAAGGUUAAAGCAGCAGCCAUUCUUUGUGUUUGCUUCCUCCUGCUCCUCUCCCUCUGAGAAUGCACCAACUUGUUUGUCAUUGUCAGUGUUCAGGAGGGAAAUAUGUAAUAGCAACAGCAGACUGAAAGCACUGCACAUCCGCUACUAAAAUUGUAACAAAGGUGAAAAAUGCAGUGACUAUAAAAAAUAUUAAAGCUCAGGGUGGUUCUUCCAUUCGGAAUACUGUUCAUUUGCUACAUCUUGUUUGUCUGCAAGAGUAAGUUGGUAAGGGCAUGAAUAGUAAGGGCAAAGGGGAAACCCAUUUUAAACUUCUAUAGUAAAGGCUGAUUUUUCACUACUUGAUCCCUUCAUUAAUUGAGAAAAGUGCAGGCAUGUAGGAUGUGGUGCCUAUUCUUUUAAAAUACUUGCUCUAGUGGUACUUUAAAGAGUGUACUUUAAAGGGACAACUUUCGAAAGAUUUGUGCAGCCAUAUUUAAGAACAAGUAGCCCAAACAGUUUUGGUUUGCAGACCAAAUAUCAGUUGUCAAUUGGAAUGUUUCUAGUCUUGCCUCCAAUUAAAAAACUUAUUGUGGUGCUGCCAAUAGUGGUAACUUGUGAAUUAAAGGGAAGGGGGAAGCGAAACUACUUGCUGGGACAGGGGUGGGCUAACUUGGCCCUCCGGCUGUUGCUGAACUAAAACUCCCAUCACUCCCAGCCACAUUAAAUGGUGGCUGAGAAUGAUGAUGGCAGUGGUAGUUCCACAACAGCCAAAGGGCCAAGUUUGCCCACCUCUGUGCUAGGAGGUAGUGUUGGAAAAAUCCACUCCACUCAAUUUAGAACCCAAAUCAACUCUGGAUAACCAGUUGCUUCUCUCUCUAAUUUUGGCAGUAGAUGAGUGAGCUGGAGCGAUCAAAGAGUCACGCUGCCUUUUGAGGGCAUUCAACAUCAGCUACUUGACUCAAGUGGGGGAAGUUGUUACAGGGAUAAGUUCAGUGCUGAGGUGCUUGUCGCACAGGGGGUCAGUUCUAGCAUGCGUGAUCCCACAUAGCAGGGGUGCACGUGUGAAUAUUGUGGCCAUGGCCAGCUGUAUGUCGCAUAUCCUUGGCCCUGUGGGUGCAGUCUGCCCCACAUUUACAGCUUCAUUCACACAUGUGCCUUUGCAGCAUGGGAUCAUAUGACGCAGAGGUAGCUCCUGUGUUGCUGGGUGUAUGCAUGCACACAUGAGAAGCAGGCUGAAGAUAGACAGCUUUAGGCACAAAUUGCAAGAUCUCCCCCCCCCCCCAGCUCUUUGCUGUUUCAUUUUUUUGGAAGCCUCACAAAAGUGAUACCCCAAGUGAUGUGACUUUAAGUGGUGUUGGUAUAACGAGGACAGACCAAGUAUUCAUCAAAGAAGGUAAAAUCUGUUUGUCCUGCCCCUAAAAUCUUGGUCUCCUCAGACUGAGAUCUUCCCAGUAGCAGCUGAUCACGAGAAAUUCAGUAUUCCAAGUGCUUGCAGAAAAAAAAGUAGGCUGAGAGGAAGAGAGAAUUCUGGCCUUCUGGCAAGGGAAUCUAGUGUACCAGUAACUGGUGCUACACAUAGCAAAAUACCUAAGAGUUGAUAGCACGUGCCCCAGUGGAAAGCUUUUUCUUUAAAAUUAUUUUUAAAAAACACUUAAUAUUUUUCAUGUCCUGACCAGCAGCAGUACAAAAAAGCUAAAAGCAAGCUACCUCUUUGCAAAAAAGAAAAAGAAAAAAAAGCAGAAACAUAUUGAAAAUGGCAAGCUUUUUAUAACAAUAAUUAAAGUAAUAAAACAUACAAAACAUUUUUAAAUAUAUACACAGUACAAGGCUGAAGCACCUUUUUAAAAAACUCUUUAAUUGCAAAAUCUUUGUAUGAAAAUUCUACCCACUGGGGUACAUAAUUUGUGUAUGUUGUAUGUAUAUCACUGUUCUGUACAUCCUCCCCUCCCCAGUAAUAAAAAGGUACCUUCCAUUUA